AUGAUAAGGAAAGAGUCCAAUAUAUACGACAAGCUGGACCGGAUAGUGUGCGAUGUGUUGCGAAACAUAGAUGCAGAGGCUAAAGGGGUAGGUGAAGAGGCACAUGACAAUGGGAGUCCAAAUUAUGCCGAUGAAAAAAACACAAAUGAACGGGUGUAUAAAAAAUUCUUUGAACUCUUUAACAGGGAGAGUUACUUAGAAAAGCUAACACAUGACGAAUUAGUAGCAACAUAUAGAGACAAAAAUGCACACAAGUACCUAUUUUACAUGUUCGAGUGUUUGUUUAAUAAAAUCACCCAAACGAGGAAUGUAAGACACCUAGAUUUUUUAUUUCUCAUACUGAGAUACAUUACGUAUCUGUGGUUUUUACUGUCCAAUGAUGACAAAUUAGUUUUAAUAUUCUACUACUAUUUCAAGUUUGUAGAUUUGUUGUUUAAUUUAAAAUUUGUGAGAUGUUCCUUUUUUGUGAAUAUUUACAAUUUGCUGAUUUAUUUUUAUUUGAAAGAUAAUAGGAAAAAAAAAAAAAUUGUUUUUCCAGUGAAAAAAUUAACCGAAAAGGAAGCAGGCUUCCACAUAAAAAAUGUCAUAUCGGAAUUGAACAAAAUAAUUGCAAAUGAAAAUGCUCAUUUUAUUGACACUGUUAGGAAGGAAAACAAUUUUGUGAAUCUACAAAGUCAUGUCCUGUCAUAUGGAAAGGCAGAAAGAAAAGAUUUGCCAUCAAAUGCGGAAGAAGAUGUCUGUACAUGCGCGGGUGUGCAAAAUGUGUAUGAUUACCUAUGGGUUGGCUAUUAUCAAGGGGAAAAUGAGCCUCAGGAAAAGAAGCAUAAAAAUAAACAUACGGAAAAAAUCAAGUCAGAUAAUAUUGAGGAAGAAAAGUCAUUUUUCCUCAUAACAAAAUGUCAAAAUUGGAAUAAUGAGAGUUCUACCUUCCCAAUUUUUAGUAUUUUCUCAGUUAGUGGCUCAUAUAAUCUCUUUUUAAACAUUACGAAGCAUUUGUUCAAAAUUAGUGUCUAUGAUUUUGGUACCUUUUUUCCCCUCCUAAGUAUGCUUAACGUGGAAUUGCUACUUUCCCAUUUUCACCUUUUUGAAAUUGUGCACUAUGUCCAACUGGAGGAGGUGAACUCGAACAUAAGUGACUCCAAAAAGGAAACAAAAAUUGUGUCAAUUAGUUCGAACCAAUCUACACCUUACAAAGCGAAUGAACAAGUGACCACAGAAGGGAAGAAACCCCCCGCAAACAACGAAGGGAUUUUUUCAAAUAAUAAUAAGAGUAACAAAAAAAUUUUGUGGAAUAUCCUUUUUGAAGAGCUAAAAAAAGUAUACAUGGUAGACACGAAAAAUGUGAAUUAUACAUUAAAAAUGUUAAAGUACUCUUUUAGCUUUUUUCUGUUUGAAGAAAAAUUUGUACUAAAAAGUAAAGAAUGGGGAACUUACGUGACAAAUAAAAAAGAACACACCUUCGCACUCAUUUCGCAAAUAUAUUUAAAAGAGUUACUAAAAUUUUGUCUCUCCUUUGUGAAUAAUUUAAUGAGCUCAAGAACGCUAAAUGAGGAAGUCGUGUUUAAGGCCAUUUCGUACGUGUUUUAUUUGCUUUCGAAAUUGAUAUGCAACACGAGUAAUAACUUAAGAAAGUACAUUCUGCUUAACAACGAUAAUAAUCUUACCCUCGUUGCGUUAAUUACGUAUGUAUAUAAAUACUUCAAAAGGGUUUACCUGGAUAAGAAUGCAGCGGGAGAUGUGCACAAGGGGAGUGGUGGCACGGUUGGAAGUGGUGGAGGUCAAAAUAAAUUGAAGUACACAUUCGUGACGCUCGAAAAAGUGUACCAGAAAAUUCAAGAGUGCUUGUACAUUGUCCUAACCGUUGAUGAAUUUGUUGAAAGGAAUAUCAAAAAAAAGUUAGAGCAAUGUAGUGAUGGAGCGAUGCCCCAUUUUGACGGGCAUCACGGCCCCAGACAAUAUACAGAUUGCUGCGAUCUGUACUUUUGUAUCAUUAUCAAGAUCAAUAAAAUGAACAUGUUUUUUUCAAACUUGGACAUUAUAAAAAUGCUGUCACAGAAGGACAAGAGCGUGUUCAGAAAAUAUAUAUACACCAUUAACAAGAACAAUGAAAAUUUUGUCUCUUUUUUUUUCUUACUAAAUAUUGACUAUAACGAAAAUCAGCAUGACUUGGUUUUAAAAAAGUACAUCUCCAAUUUGAAGGAAAAAAAAAAUUAUAAAAAUAAAAAGUUAAUCAAGCUAAUGAAGCCUUACCAUUCCCCCCUGAAGUAUAUCAUUUUGAAAAAUGAAAUUGACCAAGAUGGGGCAAAAAAGAGUUCGGCAAGGAAAAGCACCCUGGCAGUCAAUUUCUCUCACAGGGAUUACGAUAUUCAUACUUUCGAGGGCGAUAAGCGGAAGGUUAAUGACCUGCGAGCCAAAAGGAAGAGCAUGUACGAGUUUGGGAGAGGUGGAAAGGGGGAUGAUCGAUGCAGGCCUCUCCAAGGUGACGACGGGAUGGAUGGCGACUCAGCAGAUGGUGACACAGUAGAUGACAUCACAUCCGAUGAAACCUCAUCCGAUGACGACCCAACCGAUGAUGACCCCACCGAUGAAGACUCAGCCAAUGGCGAAGAGAUCGAACCCAGUGACAACCCCAUAAGCUGCCCACGCAGCUGCCGUAAGGACUACUUUUGUGAGGGACGGAAACGCGCGAAAGCUUCCAGCUCCCACGCAAAAGUGAAAAAAAAAGACAUGCCGAUAUUUGAAAAUUCGAUCCUUCGAAUCAGGAAGAAGCAGCUGGACGGAACCAACAUAGAUUUUAAAAACGUGUGCCAUAGUAUCACGCUGGCCAUUAGAAGGUGCAUACUAAUCUCAGAGAGUAUGAUUACCUACUUCAAAACUCACCAAGGGUUUGAAGCCAACUUUAAUAUUUACGUGUGCAAAAAUAUAUUUAUUAAUUUUUUAAGAGUUUGUCUCCUAGGCGCCAGUCUCUUUUCGUACCUCUGCGUUAAGCUUAACUAUGGCGAAAUGCUGAAGCAGAUGUACGACUCGAAUUUGAUCAUAGUGUCGUACAACAUUUUUGACAAAUAUAUCAGUUUCGUGUUGGACCAAGAUGUCAAACGGCUGCGCAAGUAUAAGAAUGUGUUGCAGGUGUCUACCAGGCGGUUGAAUAGGUGUGAGGCAGGAGCUGGGCGCUCCACCGGGGCCAUCUCUUCGGUGAAUGCACCGAACGCGACGAAGGAGCAGAAGGAAUCCUUUUCCACGGUUAAAGCUUCUACCAAUGCUUAUCCCUCGGCGUACGCGCAGCUACACCGGGACGACAUAUACGACGUGCUGGGAGCUCGGGAGAGCCAACGCGGGAGCGUCUUCUUCCUGUCGGAUCAAGACGAGUUCAUCGAGACGCUUUACCUCAACACGUUCAUGAUUGUGAUAAACAUCAUUUCGGUGUGGGAAAUGUACCUAGAAAUUCCUGUAGAAGUUCUGAACAAAAUGAAGUACACCUUUUUCGAGCUAUUUUACAACACCACAAUUAAAAUCAUAAAGUUUAUAAAAAAGGAUAAGGGUUUUUUCUUCCUACUGAACAUUUUAAAGUUCAUUUAUCUCAAAUUUGUCAGCCUUCCUUUUAAUCCAAUAAACAUACACACCACAAUAAAGCUGCACGACUUUUACGAGUUUCUCAUUAAUGAUGGUGACGAACAUGUGAAGAAAGAGGAGGAGCAAAAAUUUAAUAGUGAAAAUAUGUACCUAAAUUCGAUUAGCCCUCUGAAAUUUUUGAAUAAUCCAGAGAAUGACACACAGAGGAAGAACCUUACCAGUGUACAAAAAUUAAGCCUAAGCUCUCAUGACCGUGUACUACCAAACGAGCAUGAUUACAAUGUGCUUAGUGUAAAUAAUAAGAAAAGGGUAAGCAUGGGCGGUUUAGUUCCCGUGUUUUUAAAUAACAACAGCAGUAAGAAGAGAAGGACGAACAUUGACCCGUAUACUUCAUAUGACAGCUUUGAAAAUAACGAUAACGGUUUCUACUGCACGGUGAGGAAGGGCACCCCUACGGGUCACGCACAAAUGGGUGAUAAAACAAGCGCGAGGGUAAAGUACGGUCUGCGCGAAGGAGAAUACGAAAGUGAAAAUGUUAAUAAUGUCAAUCUGAAUGCCAAUCUGAAUGUCAAUCUGAAUGUCGGUGUGAAUGACAGCGUCAAUGUGACUCCGAAACGUAAUUAUGACUAUGCACAACCGGAGGAACGGAAAGAAAGCGACAUUUUUAGAAACACCUACCUGAGCAACUACUACAUCCCGCACAUCGAUCUGCUAUUCAUCAUUGUCGAUUUGGAAGUCUUUUACUACUUCGAAAAGAAGGAGUAUAAGAAAAUAAUCGUUUCCGUGGAAAAUGUCUUAAAAAGCAUUAUCAGCAAAUGUGACUAUAACACUAAGGAGUAUUUACGAUCAUCCAUAUCGUACAUUUACAACUGCUACCAACAAGUGCAUCUCCAUGACAGCAAAAUUAAUAUCCAAAGUUGCAUCGUCAUUAGGCACAUAUUUAACCUUUACAUCAAAUCUAAGGUCUUCUAUUUGAGCAAAAAAAUUAAAAAAAAAUUAGCACACUACAAGGAUAGCUACAUCAAUGAUGGGGUGCUAAAAAUGGGUUAUAACAAAAUUUAUAACAGCCUUUUUAGCAGCGAAAAAGUGAAAAAAUUUUUUUUACAUCCUCUACGAAAGCGACAACCUAGGACGAAACAAAAGAGUGAAAAUUAUCAACAAUCUGCUGAUCGUACAUAUAAACACUUUGCUUUUCUUGAUAUUUAUGAAUAUCUAUCCAAGUAUGUGACCAAAAAGUUCAUAUUUUUCUUCCGAUUCUUCCUAUUUUUUUUUAACAAAUUGUGUGUUGCCAUUCUAAGUUUGGUGAAUUCGUCCAAUCACCUCGAAAUUUUUAACCUUUUCGAUUGGCGAAAUAUUACCCGCGUAAACCACGCACAGGAAGAGGAAGAACUGGCUAACAAGGUAAGGAGUGCCAUUCGUCUCGUUCAAAACAGCUCCAUAUAUCCACAGGAUGAGGAAAUAUCUCCCUACAAAAUUUAUAGCAGGGGGGGAAGACACACCAACGGUAGAAGUAAGCCAAUUGUCAUGAUCGACAUUGAUGAGCUGCUUGUCACCUACAUCCAGCUAAAUUUCACGUUUUGCAGAUCGUGCUGCUUUUUCAUUUUCUUCAAAAAUGUCUGUUCGCAAAAAUAUGAAAUAAUUUUGAGGGAGAAGUUCACUAGUAACUAUUUUGAGCGGUUUAAGAACAACCGGGAUUUGUUCGACCCUAUCGAUGCUGUAAAGGAGGGGAAGACGGGUCGAAAUGACGAUGAGUGGGGGGAAAGCCACACCGCAGAAGAGUUAACCCAGGAUGGGGAACCAACUAUAAAUGACUCCUUUGACGAAGACUCGGAUGACAACUACAGAAGCGAUUCCAGCUCCAGCAGCUCAGGUCUUUCCCAGUCCAGCUUCACCCUCAUAGAGUACACAGACUAUUCCAACAACGUAGAUUAUAUUUUCCUAGAAUUUAUUUUAGAAAAAAUAGAAGAAAUGGACGUGGAUUAUUACUACAGGAAUGUACUUAACAAUUGUUACUACGUGAUCAAAAUAGAAACACUUUAUAAUUACAUAUACAAGAAUGAGCAACUGUUAAGUAGAUUUGCUUACCUAAAUAAUGUGUAUUAUCUGUACAAGCUGUACUACCACAUGUUUGUCUGGUCUUGCAAUAAAAGCCAUGCCAUGGGUAAGAAGAACGUCGCUGCUGAGGGAAUCAACGCAGAAGAAAAUUUAUCGAGCCUGUACAAUGACAUAUUUUACGUCUUCGACGUGAAUCGCAUUUUGGGGGAAACCUUCUGCAGUAGGUAUGUGCAGCUGGUCGAUCAGGCCGGGGCCUCCGAUUUCACCCCGAGUGGAACACCUGAUAAAACUGGCAGAAUUCCCCCCCCCUACGGCUGCGCAAAUGAUUAUCGCCGAACGCAGCGGAAAAGCAUCGAAGAAUCACCAUACUUCCUGUGUGACAUUUACAACUUCAAAUUGAAAUUGUUCCAUCCGCUAAAUUUUGAAAAAAGAGACUUGGCAAAAGGAAGGAAAAAAAAAAUAUUCGAUAACUUUCUAAUGGUUAACAAAAAUUAUUUACUGGACUUGAAGCACAAGCAUGCCAAAGUGAACAAGUACAUAAAUAACUACAUGGUGUACCUAUACCAUGUAGUUCUUCGCUUUUAUUACAAUGAACAUGGCAUAGACAGGGAAAAAUUAUCCUUUCACUAUAUUGUGUACUCAUUUCAAAGUGCGUUUGACAGAUUUAACAGUAAAAUAUGCGGCAGUGGUCAUGACACGAUGUGCUUUCCCUCUAUCCAGGGAGUUGGCAUAGAUAAGGGCACCCCCCCAUACGUCCCACCUUUCAAUAUCUUUGCAAAAUGCGACUUAAAAAAAAAUAUACUUCUCAUUUUCGACGUUUUAAAUAACAUAUAUGAUUUAUAUCAUGGUAACAUAUUUGAAAAUCACAAUUGGGCAGACUCCAUUGUAACACAAAUUGACACAAAGCUUAUUGGCUAUCUCAGCGAAAUGUACAAAAUUGCCUAUCUGUACAAAAUGUAUCAUUGCUGCAUGCGGAUUUUGGUACUCUGCCUAUUGUUUACUUCCAGAUUUUGGCUAAUUUAUGUGUUUAACGAGAAGCACGCAUGUGGGCAGCAGGACGAUAUUUGUCAUGACCUUAAGGGGCAUAACGAAUAUUGUGAACCUGCCACUAGGGGGAAACGAAAGGUUGGGCGUAAGCCGAACGAGAGGAACGUAGACAAGGACACACAGCUUCGAAGUGGAACAAACCUCGGACAUGGCGCGGGAAGGAGGGGAAAUCCCAAAGAAGGUGCUUAUGAUUCAAAUGAUGAAAUGAGGGGAAACUCCAAACGAAGGAGAGAAUAUAUACUAACCGGAAUUUAUAACAGAAUAGUGUCUAAAAGGAAGGAAGAUAACGCGAAAGAGACAUACAAUGAUUUGCACAACUAUAUGCAGAUGCUAAUCGUUUGUACUUCGAUGUUUUAUCUCUCAUUUUUAUGUAUAGAAAAGAUACAGAAAAAUUUGCAAAAUAUUUUUUUUCUUAACUGCGCGAAUAGUAUGUAUAAUUGCUACGUCCAUUUUUAUGAGCACGUUGAGAAAUUUUGCAAGGAGAACCACCAGGAUAAGCUCUACGCGUCCUCCUUCUUCUUCGACACUUUCCACUUAGACCUGAUAAACUUGAAACUCCAGGCUCACGUAAAAGCGGGAAGGUACAAAACCGAAGUGAGAAAAAUGAAGAAAGCAUUAGGCGAAUCCACCUCGAGGGUGGGCGAAGAGACCCAAGGUGGGGUCACUUCUAUACCACGCAGCGAUCAUAGCGAAGAAAGCAGCAGAAGGCGAAGGCGCAACAAAAGCAGCGGGGAUAACGCACAGGUAGACCUAUUUUCCAAAUUUUCAUAUCUGCUUUACUAUAACGAACGCGCGGCCACGGAAUGCAUAUCCGAUUUAAGGAAGACAGAGAAGAAACACCAAAGUGAUGGUAAAAACUUUUUCAAAAAUAACAUUUGCCUAUAUUUAAAUAUGAUAAGAUAUUUGUACAAAAAGAGGAGCAAAUACAUCGGUUUACUGCCAUUUGUCAAUUCGUACAUUAUCUCGAUAGUAACGCUCAUGAAAUUUACCAUGGCGAAGUACAAUUUUAAUGUCUCCUCCGAUUUCUUUUCUCUAAAAUUUGAACAUCCAAUACACCAGUUCGACAUGGACAUGCUCACAAAAGUAAAAAAAACGGAAGAUGAAAAGGAAAAUGUCAAGUUAACUAACAAGGCUAUUUUGAUGAAUCUAGAAAAUCUCUUCUGUAAUAUGUUCUUGAAUAAGGAUAUGUGUUACCAAAUAAAAUUCGUUUAUACAUACUAUAAAAAAAUUUCCAGCAUUAUGUUCAAAAUGAAUAAUUUUUUACUCAGUUACUAUUAUUUGAAGAAAAAUAUACUGUUCAUAUGCGAUUUGGUUUACUUCCCAGAAGUUGUUUACAGCUAUAUGCUCCUGAUGAAUAUUAUUUUAAAAAGUGGAAAAGAGAGAAUCGAGUUGCUAACCCAAGAGGAGAUUUUCUUCGAGAACUUAAACAACCAAUUGAUUAUUUAUGAUAAAAAAAAUUUGGACCAAGACACAGACACAAAUUAUGUAAAGGAUAAUACAGUGAAAGAUGUAAACGAUUUUAAAAUUUAUGAAGAUAGCGAUUUUUGCAAUAUCGAUUAUGUAAAAACGCCGCUUAAUACUUACUUAACCAAGAGGCAUAUUUAUGAGUACAGAAAUUUGUUGACUCAGUUUUUGGUCUACUUGACCUUUUUGAUAAAAAAUCCUGACCAUUUUCGUAUAUUGUCGACGAAGCGUAGAAGGGAGAUACUCCACAUGUUGUGUCUAAUCAUUUUUACGAAGAAGAAAACGAGUUACUUUUGCUGUAGCAAGGCGCGUCCGAAAAAAUCAAAGGAGGUGGCUACCCCGGUAGAGGGGGGUACUAACGGCAAAGACAACUGCUGCUACAAUGGUAAUGCACAACUAUCAGGAGAAGAUUCCACAAAUCAAAAGAACAAAGAAAGGAGAGAUAACGAAAUGGUGGUACCCCAGAAUGUUACGAAACAAAAUCAAGGCAACCACAAAAUAACAAAUUUUGAAAAAAACUUUAUUACAUGCUUCAACAACUGCAACGAAAAAAAAGAAGAAACGUUUUUUAACUUCUUCCUCGAAAAAUUAUUUAUCAUAAGUAACUUCGACACAGACCUAUUCGACGUCGAGCUAAACGAUGAAGAGCAAAUUGAGUCUCUCAUAAAAUCUCAAGUGUUACAUGAUGUAAGGAGUCUUAAUUUUGUCUACCCAGGAGGUGCCCGCUCGGACGAGUUUUUCCUAAACCUGGGGAGUGAAAUUUCGAGUGAUCAAGAAAAGGAAGCCCAAAACACCAAAGGGGAGACAAAUCAGGCCAACUGCAUAGAGGAAAAAAUUCAUCAUGAGUUCCAUCGCAGCGCUGAUUCCCAUCACUCCUUCAAGAUUAACGACAUUUCAGUUUUGAAUUACCUAUAUUUAAAUUACAACUUUGAGCAAAACUUAACCUAUACGGAAAAUUACAUUACCAAUAGGUUUUUCACACUUAACUGCAAAAAAAUGAAUGCCUAUUUUGUGAAAAUAUUGCUAUACUAUAUCAACUUGAUAUUUUUAAAAAUAAAAAAUAUUUUCUGCGAUGACUGCAUUUACACCAUCAAAAAGCAGCAGUUCCUUAACUCCUCAGCGAAUGAUUGCUCUAGGAACAUUUUUUUUUUCUUGUUCUUAAAACUUUUUCGUUUUUUCAAUUUUUCCAAGCGAACUUUGAGUGAGUUAUGCGUCAAUUAUUUCCCCGGAAAUAAAAAUUAUGCCGCAUACCUAGACGAACUAUCUGAGAGCAAGAAAAAUGGAGAACUCUCAACGGCACAGGUUUACGCGAAUGAUGCAAGACACAUCACCGAAGACACACACACACAUAAUGUGAAGGACAAACAAAACAGCUGUGAUGAUAAUUCAGCAAAUGGACUAGACAAAAUGUUUAUGAUUAAUUUUUUAGAAAUUUUUUUAUACCCACAAAAAAAUUGCAGCUUUUUGGAGGUGCUAACUGUGUGCUAUGAAUUCUUGGUAAACAUGAAAGACGAUAAAUGGAAAAAACUGAGGAAGAGAAAUAAACACAUAAUGUACGCACUGUUAAAAACGGCGGUUACUGAAAGGGGGGAUCGAAAAAGUCCAUCUGUUUUUCAUUUCCAAACGGUGUUGGUGCUCCUAUCCUUACUGCUGCACUACACGUGCAAAAGGUCGCUUGUGCAUGAAAUGAGGAAAGUCGCCCAGUUUUUCCUCGACUAUGUGUUUUUUUUUAUAGAGAACAUAAAGAACAAUUUGAUCAUACUGCAGAUAAUUGAGGCUUACGGGGGGGGGCACAAAGAUGGACACACAGAUGGGCAUCCAACUGCGAGGCAGAUCCAAGUCAACCUGCUAAAAUUCUACUUCCGAAAACUGCUGUCCUUGUUAUACCUCUACACAGAUGAGCUGAUAUUGUGCACCAUCAAAAAUAAUAUAGACCAAGAAAUCAGCCAAAAAAAUUAUUACAGGAAGCAUGCCCACGAAAAUUUAAAUAUAGAAACGAUUAGUAAUUAUGAAUACAUAGGUCAAUCGAACUUGAGCGAAUUUUGCUUCUACUGGGAUUAUGCAAUAGUGUCGAUGAGCCACGACAAGAGUGACCUGUACAUUUCUCGCUGCUUUAAAAACUUCCUGUUUGUGCUAAUUCGAAUCAUUAAAGAGGAGGCAAUAGGCGAGGAGGCACAUCAUGUGGGGCCAUUCAGUGGGGAAAAUAAGGAUUCCACCAAGGAGAGGGGAAAUUCUCGAGACAGUAGUAAAAAAAGGAGAGAUUCCCAUAUUGAGGGAAAUAAAGAAUGUUUCAAUAUUUACAGAAAAGUAAAUAACCUUUUUAACGUUCUAAAUGAUGAAGAUUUAUGUAAGCGGUUACUCAUUCAGGGGGGGAAUCUCCCCCUAAGUGAUGACACAAUAAUGGGACACCUAAAUGAAAAUGUAAACCAUUGCACAGAUUAUGCACAUGAAGUGUACGCCGUUAAGAAGGGCAAAUUGGGGCACAAUUCGGAUGAAUAUAGUGGAGCUCCGCCCAGGACUCCCAUCCUAUGUAGUACCAUCGAAUGGGGAAGUAAACACUCCGGGGGUGACGUGAUUAUCCGUGAAAGUAACACAUGUGGGAAAGAUGAGCAUAGCGAAGUAGCAAUCUACGCGGGGAAGUAUUUUGAAAAUGAUAAAAUGGGACCCGAGCAGUUAUACAACCCACACACAGUAAACAUUUUUUUCACUCCCAUGGGAAAAGGCGGAAUGGAGAUAACUAACGAGCUUGGCGAAUCGAAUAAGAUGACAAGGGAUAAGAGCAGCGAUUCCUCUUCAUCACUUUUGCCAAAUGAGAAAGAUCAGCUGGCAAAGGACAUACAACUUGUGCGGUUCUUUUCGCGCUUGUACAAAAAUGCUGAUAGCUGCAUUGAGAGCAAAACCGGUGAAUACUUCCACGUAGAAAAAAUACACCUAAAUAUCGAAAGGUUCCCAGUUAGGGAGAAAUGGAAUUAUAUAAAGAAAUUAGAAAAAAUACUAAAGCAAUAUCAACAUAUGAUAAAAAUAAUGUGCGAAAUUUUACACGAAUCAAAGAAUGUGGAUCGGAAUAAAAGCAAUUUAAAGAUGUUCAUAGAUCUGUGGUGGAACAACAGAUACACUUUAGAGCAGCAUUUAAAGAUACUGAACUUAGACAUCUCCAACACUCUCGGAUUUUCCAUCCACAAAUUGAUGUCCGUUCCGUUGAUUUCUUUAAAUAUAAGAACCAAAAUAAUGCUAAACAGGAGUGCUAACUGGAAGGAUGACUACCAGAUGGGGGGUUCCAUCCGCAGUGAAAAAGACAACACACAGGUGAACAGUGCAUAUAACACCCUGUCAAUUGUUAAUAACCAAAAAUAUUAUUUGAGUACCAAUUUUGAUCUGUUCGUGGUGCUAUACUACUAUUCGAACAUGCUCAACAUCAUAGCGUGGAUUAAUAAAUGGGGGAGGUACUUUGUUCCUUCCAAAUACUGGGACUGUGCGCAUUUUAUCAACGUCCUCCUAAACUUGACUGUUUUUUCCAUCGUGAUGAAAAACUGCAAUGUACAAAUUACACAGGCGAAGAGGAAAUACUUAAGAUGGGGAGACAUUUUAUGUAGCCGCUCGAGCCGAAUGAGCAGAGAUGAGAACACCUUCAUCGGUAACGUCAUCCGUGGGGACACUACGGAUGGGGUGGACUCCUUCUCAUCUCGUAACUUAACCAAGCAGAUCCAUGAGAAUAGGGAAGCUCCCAAAAGUUUGAUCCCCAUUGACAAAAAAGUCGUGACAUCCUAUUUGCCCUUCAUUAAUAAGGACAUCGAAACGAUUCUACUUUUGGAGGAAAGAAAAAAAAACAAAAGGAGAAGCACCACAGUAGGUCAACCACAUUUACUUGAUAUAAACCCCCCAAAUGAAGGAAAAAAACGGACGAUCGUUUCGAGUAUCCCUCGCUGGAGUGUAAACAUUGAAGGGGGAAAUAAUCACAAUGACGGUUGCCAUGCUACCUAUAGGAGCAUGCAGAGGAAGGAACCCGAACAUGUGGAGACCAUCUCAACUAUGGACAACAAGUACAGAAUUGUUAUACCCAAAGGGGAGAGUGAAUUUAAUUACCCACACAACCCCAACAGUAAGGACAGUGCCAGUAGGAGCAACACCCACACUGAUGAGAAAAGAGGCAGGAGAAGAACUAUCAAUAUAAUCAGUGAACAAAUGAACAAUAGUGUAGACAGCUAUUGUGUGGAUAGCCAUUCGGUUUAUAAAAACGAAAAACAAAACAGAGAUCAAAAAAAGGGAAACUCAACAAUAUAUGGAUAUGUGAGCCCCAUAAAAGCAAACAAUUUUGAGUACAUGAAGAAUCAAGACCAAAGUGACAUGCUGACAAGGGAGGGAAAAAAAAGGACUACAGUGGCAGGGACGUUAAAUUUGGAUCAUCUGAAGAAACAAGAUGAUAAAGAAGAAAAAAUAAAGAAAAAUAUUUAUUUAAAAUAUUUGGAUUUAAAAAAAAAAUGCGAUAGGGGGGUACUGAAAUGCUCUUUCCUAAAAUUAAGGAUGUACUUGUACAAUAUACUGAUAGAUAUUUUCGAAAAUAAUAAUAUUCAUCCCAAGAACAUCUUUAACCUUUUUAACAUCAUCACUCAUUCGUUCGUUACGGAUGUGAUCAAAUGUACCAUGGUGGAUGAUGAACUCGAUCGUGAACGAUUAACAUAUGUGAAAAACGUAGAAAAUAAGAGAGUCAGGAAAAACCCCGUCGUUGUGUAUAUACAUAACAAUUUAAAUAGACUCCCCUUUGAAAAUUUGGAGCCUUUAAAAGAUUCCUACAUCGUGCGCGGGGUACACAAAGCGGUCACUGCGUAUUUGUACGAAAGGGUGUUGGCGAAGAUUAAAGUGGAGGAAGCCAAACGGAAUGGGCUGUCCGUUUCGAGUACACUUCGGGGGGAGAUGGACGCAGCGGCAGGGGAGGAAGAAGAAGGAGAAAUGGAGGCAGGUCGAGGAGCGCGUCAAAACCGUGGAAACCUCCGAAACGAUGACGAAUCGGACAAAAAUGACUACCAAAGUGACGAUUUUCGCGUGGAUGAGUACAUAAAGCAGGAAUACUCAAAAAAGUCGAAAAUUGACCAUGUGAAAAAUGUGUGCCAAAGGAACAGUACCCAUCGUACCAGCAUCGAUUUGCGUUGUUCUCAUCCCAUCGAAUGGAAAAGAAAAAGCGCUGACGUGCCAGAAAGCAUCAUAGAUCAUUGUACCACCUCCCAAUUGUGUAAUACAAAAGGGGAAAAUAAAAACGUUUCCAAAAAGAAAGGAAGAAGCUCCCUUUCGUAUAUAUUAACGCAUCACACAGAGGUCUCCAAAAAUUCUGAAAAGAAUAACGAUAAUUACCAUCAUGAGCUUAACACGUGUCAAGUAAAAGCGUUCAAUCGUUAUGAUGACCAGGGCAAGGCAACAUCCCAAGUGGAUCGCCACAACGCUUUGAGAGCACAACCGAGAGAUACGCUAACUCCAUAUGGGCAUGAAACUCUCAAUAGCACAGAACACGUUGCCGCUAAUUAUGGCUCACGGAUAGUGCAGGCAAGGGGAAAGGGAAGAUACAGCUUGGUCGUUUCGAGUGAAGAGACAAAAGGCAAUCUCGAAAAGGGAGAUAUUCCCGGUAAAUCCAAUCCCUGUGAAAGCGCACCGGAUAAAGGCACAAAGCAGGUGCGUGGGAAGGGGCGAGGUAAAAAAAACUCACGCAAGAGCACCUGCAUUGAGCACUCCUUCCAAAACCCCUUCAAUAAUAAUAAUAGUAAAAAGGGCCAAACAGACAUGCCAUUUAGCACGGACCACUUUAAUGGUAGAGAUAGUUGCAGCCAAAAAAGGGAAAGAAAAACCCUACACAAUAGAUCAACAGAGGAGAAACACAAAUUGGGAUUAUCACAUUCUGCUAAAAGGAGGGGUAGUGUUAAGAAGAUGAACCCUCGUUCGUCAUGUCCGUCCAACCAUUCGCGCUCAUCCUGCGCGUCGCCUCCUCCUCCAUCCUCCGAAUCCGAAUCUGAAUCCGAAUCCGUUUCAUCAGUGGAACUAAUUCAAAAUGAAGACGAACUGAGAAAAAUAUUCAUGAGUGCUAGAAAAUCGAUGAAUAUCCACAACAUGAUGGGUUCUUACGAAAACGAAGAAUACAGCUUUUUCCGUUUAAAAAAAAAAAAAAAAAGUGUAAGUGAAUCAGAAGCCUACUUUGAUGACGAAAAAAAGUUUUCAAGUUCGUGCGUAGAAGACUUUAAAAAGGAUAAUAAAAGGAGAAGCUACUCGGCCGACCCGGAGCAUCAUUCAAAGGCGUCCAAAAUGAAAUACGUAAAGUACGUUCCUUACUACAUUAAAAGUUCCAGGUUAGUAGAUCCCAAAAAGAGUAACAUUUUUUUUGUGAUUAAACCUAAGGGAGAUUUAAAAAGAACGGAAGACGCCACAUACCCUUUCAUUUAUUUUAAAAACAAAGAAAAGUACAAGUAUAAAAAUUGGAAUGGCUACUUUGGCAAAGUGCCAUGCGAAAAAACUCUGCUGAAACAUUUGUGCUGUGAUGACUUGUAUCUUUAUUGCGGCCACCAGGGGGGGGAGCAGUACAUCAAAAAGGACAUAAUUCAAAAUGCCAUUCUGCGUUAUGACGACGCGUUGGGGGAAGGCGAAAAGGGGGAGGAGGCUAAAGAGGGGAACCCCAAAAAAGCGCAAAAUCGAGAUGGAGAAAUCGCAAAACGUAGUAGAAACAAGGCGGGGAAUAAGGAAGAUCCCUUUUUUACUCAAAAUAAGGACAAAAAGAGAAGAAAUACGUGCAAUUUUGAGGCAGAAAAACGCAUUGUGGACAAGAGGAUGAAGAGAAAAUCUGUUGGGGAUAUCAUCCACAUCCAUGGCACUGGUGACAGCAGCGAUGGGUUAUGCACACAGACAGAAAUGGAAGAUGAUGGCAGUGACGAUGUUGGUGAUUCCCAUUUUUCGGCUAACCAAAAUGAUGGCAUAAACUCGUGCGUUUUUUUAAUUGGGUGCAGUUCAGGGUUACUGUCCUCACAUGGUUUUGACUUGGACGUAUGGGGCACCCCCUACGACUACAUAGUAGGUGGGUGUGUUUUCGUUUUUGGGAAUUUAUGGAAUGUGACAGACGGAGAAGUUGAUGGAUUUACACAAAACUUUUUCUGGAAAUGGACACAGCCAAAUUCUUCAUCCCUAUUUUGCUCCAACUAUAAUUAUAACGGUGUCCAGAUGGCAAACGUUUCAACAUUUUGCUUUCGCUUCUUCGCAAAAAUGUUAAGGGAGAGCUCACAAAUGGAUAUGCGCGAAGAAGGCACAGAAUGGGGCAGCAACUGCUGUAGGGAUGACGAUAGUGAUCAUAAUGGCGGCAGUGACGAACUUCUAAUCGAAGUGGGGGACAAUUUCGUCACGUUGGAUUUCGACACGUACACAUACUUCAAAAAGAAUUAUUUUUUUUAUAAAUAUUUCCAAAAAUGCUACAAUUGCAACAUUGUUUUAAACCAAAACCUUUUUAGUAUAAAUCAGAACCGGAAGUACUCCUGGCUUAGUAUGACAGAGGCUUUAGCGGAGGCCAAGCAAUUUUGUCGCUUACCAAACACGACUGGUUCGGCCGUUGUUAUUUAUGGCCUACCCUUGUAG